UUUUAUACGAGUAUUCCGCAUAUGGAAGGUAUCCAACAUGACAGGCGAUUCCUGGCAUCUAUUUGUGUAUAUUCAGUUCAAAUAUUCUACCUCUUUGGCUAUUCACAUCUUCAGUGCAAGAGUCGGAAAGGUUUUGUCAUGGGAUAAAUUAAUCACAAGUGACUCGUACGAUGACUGAGCCAAUAUCAGUAGUUCGCCAGACCACAUUCAACACAGAGCCGCCCCUCGAUCGUUCUGUCAACGACAACAGAAUCAGACGAGGCAAUAUCGACCUCCCAAUCGUCGAUGAUCGUCCAGUUUGGGCACCUCAACCCACACAUGCCUUGACUGCACUAGAUACUGACUUUCGCAAAGUACAUAUCGGAAGAGGGGCUCGUGUGAAUAUAUCGAGAGCCCCGCCAUCCAGUUACGGCGAUUCGUCGGAGCUAGACAUAUUGUCUGACGUUGGUAUUGCCGGGGAUUCUGACACUGACACCCACGCUUCUGUUAAAACCACACUUUCUCAGUCUGCUAGGCAGAAAAUUCGAAGGGAGCCACGUAUUAAAGUUCCUAAUGCUAAAUUUGAUUCGGAAGAACCCACGAUACACGAAGAAACGACACAAGACGUACUGGUUCUCCAGACAUCUUUGAAUGCACACGGGGCCGCAGGCGGGACCCCCGAAAACCUCGUUCAACCUGGCCAAACGCCAAAGACGAUUCUGAUCCGAAACAGUGCUUCACGAGAAAGAUCUGACGAAAAAGCAAAAGUUAAUGCAGAGGCUUUGAAAAGUGAGACCCCAGUUAGCCUACUUCCCGACAAUGAAAUUUUACGAGUCGAUUCUUCCUCAGGAAUGGGAGAGGCGGCUGCGAACUCUGGAGAUCAACCAUGCAAUGAGCAAGUUGAUCUAGACUCUUCGUUUUGCGAAAGCGACUGGCAGCCAAAAUCGAAGAAAAUUCAUUGUAAGAAAAACAAAGAAACAUUUGUAGAAACGGACAGGAAAGUUAUUUCAUCGAAGUAUGAAAAGAACAUAAAGCCCGCUUUGCACCCGAACCUCGACAUCGGGAAACGCUGGGCCCAAGGUCAAAAGCCAAAUUCUGGCAGGAGAAUUGCCAAAACUUCUCAACUGCACCCUGAAAAUAACAUAGAUACACUGAACUCAAACGACGAUAAACCGCCCCAAGAAAUCUUUGAGAAGAGGGCGACAAUAACGCCGGGGCAAGCGUCUGUUUCACGCCCCCAAACUCCCUUGACUGUGCAAAAUCUCGAUUCAGCACGUUCUUAUGAAACUGAUAACGGGAUUAAUUCAGACUGGAACAACGAAAAAGUGAGUGGUAUUCCAAAAUUUCUCAAAGUGUCUGUUGGGGAAAAAGACUCUAAUAAAAUCCUAAGCCAGAGUGGAUUCGCAUACCCUGAUCCACACACGGUCAAGUCAGAGGAGAAAAACAUGGCGACGUCGGACGGUUACGACUAUGCCAGCGAAACGUUUGAGGAGGUGCUUCAGGAGAGAAACGCAAUGGUAAAAACUGAACGAACGUACCAGAAGAGAAUAAAGCAGUUAGAAGAAGAGCUGAAAGGAAUGAUAAACCAGUGUCAGGUUCUUUCUGACGAAAACAAAGAAUUGAGAAAAGAACUGGACGCUUCAAAGUCAACGGGAAGUCGGCCAAAGGCUCAAACUGAGUCUGACCAAGCUGAUGAUCCACAGGCAAAGAUUGCCCAGCUAGAGAGUCAGAACGAGAAUCUUGUACAUAUAAACGAAAAACUGUCUCUUAAACUUAAAGAAACAGACUCAAAAACGAAGCAGCACGAUGGUAUAUUCGUUGAGAACACAAAAUUGAAAACUAAAAACGCCGAGUUGGAGCGGAAGAUUCAAGACCUUCAGACACAAAUUCAAAAGGAUGACAUAAACAAACUGAACACCGCUUUAGACGCGAAGAGACGUGGUGUUGAAAUAUUGUUGGAAGAUUCUCAGAGAGAAAGCAAAUUGUUAACUGCAAGGGUAAAAAAACUAGAAGACGAAAAUGCAUCUCUUGCUGAUGUGUUGGAUGAAAAGAGAAAAGAAGUGGGAGAGUUACUGUUCGCGAUGAACAACGAAACGAUAACCGAAGACGAACUUAAACAGUCAAAAAAACAUUUGGAAAAGGCAGUUGAAGAGUUGGACAGUGUUAGGCGUGACCUAGAAGACAAGAAAAAGAUGUUACAAGUAUCCGAAGACGGAAAAGAAAAACUUAAAAGUAGUUUAGCUCAGAGGGAAAAUGAAAUACGUAAAUUGAAAGUUGACCACGAUAACAAAGAUAAAUUGAUAAUUGAUAUUCGGAACAAUUUGGAUAAAACACGCCAGGAUAAUCUCAAAUACCAAAAGGAAGCAGAAAUGUCGAAAGAAAUGGAGAAAGAGACAUACGCCCUGAAAUCUAGAAUAGGCUCUCUCAAAGCAGAAAUUGAAAGUAGCUUAUCUGAAAAUCAUAGACUCAAGCAAGAAAGGGAGGAAUACACUCGAACAGUGGAAAGAUUGAAGCAGGAAAACGUGUCUUCAACCGAGGCGAUUGCAGAAAGUAAAAAGUAUUUCAGAAAAUGGGAAAUGGAGAAGGAUGCUAAAUCCCAAUGUGAAGUGGAUCUCGCGAAGAAAGACGAUCAGAUAAAUCUUCUUGAUACACGUUUGAGAGAAGCGGCCAACAAAAUGAAUGUCCUCCACGGCAGACUCCGGACGCUUGAAGACGAAAGAGUGAAACUAAACGGGCCCCACUUCCAAGAAAUGGAAGCCAAUAUAAAGAUUCUGAGGGAUGAGAACAAAAAACUCCGACAAAUGUUAGUGGAAAGAAACAUUGAACUUACUAACAAGAAAGCAGAACAGAAGCAAUUUGAUUCCAGGAUUCAAGCUCUUGAACGAAAGCAGAAAGACUCCGACGUUCGGGUGAAGCAAAUGAGUGGCUGGGUCAACAAUGGCGCCAUUCAAGGCCAAAACUCAAAUGCGGUUCCCAGCACAAAUGCACUUCCAUAUAAUCGCAUGGACCCAGAACCUAACACUCAGUACACACGCCCUCCCCCUAACGUUCAAAACGGGCGAAAUCCUCCGGGGAAAAUGGAGGGUAACAACUCUCGUCCUGUGCUUAGAGCACGUUCAGAGCAACCUCAACAAAAAGACCAAAAGCCUAGGCAGGUAUAUAAUAAUAGUGACCACAGGAUCAAGAGACCAGCCCCGAAAACAAAACCAGCGCAUAAUUCAGUGACACCUCCACCAGCGUGGGACCAGGGGAGUGACUUGAGCCACACACCUCUUAGCUUACCUUUAAUACUGGACGCCAAAUCAAUGACGCCACCAGAUCCAAAUGGAGGAUACUUCCAGAUGUACCAAGAGAAGAUCAAACGAAUGAAGGAAAGAAAAUUUUAGCAAUUCUGAGUUGAUCUGUUAUAUAACGUGUAUAAAUAGAAAUCUGGACGAGUGUUCUUUGCUCCUCGUUAAAAAAGAAAAACAAACCACAACAUUUUACGAGUAGCCUUGGAAAUAGUACCCUUUGGGCACCACAAACUAUUUUGUCACCCUUCCUGGGCGUGUGGUGAGUUUUGCCAAAGGCAAGCAAGAAUUGGUUUCUGAGGAGUCCGAAACUAGUUUUACAAGAAUUUAGUCACGAUGAAAUACAUUAUCUCCAUAUAUAUGGAUGCAUGAAUAGUUUAAUAAACAGGACUAGAACUCAGUAAGUUCCUUGCUUAAUCCGUAGUGCAACAUUUAAAAUUCCUUUAAGGUAUUUGGCUGAAAAUCCCCUUCUUUUGUCCCUGUGGUUUUAUGCACUCCGCAUAAUUUAGCAAAUUUGAUCAUUUUUUGCAUAAUUUUUGAUAAUUUUCCUUUAUCAUUCUU